AUGGCAAAACUUUUGGCACUUCUGGUCAUUAUUUCGGUCUGCUACGUCACCAACGCGCAGCUACAGGCACCAAAUCAGAAACCCAUUAUCGGAUUGACGUUCGAUGAGAUCGUGGUAUCAUCGGACUUGAACGUACGAAGGAAAUCAAAGGAAAACCGUCAGGGUAAAAAACUGCUGACGAACGUGCCCUCCGGAACCACCGGUCCAGGAAGCCCAACAGCAACAGCCUCGAAGCUCGUUUCCAGCACCGGAAGUUGGGUAAUACCGGAAAAGAGAGAGCGACGAGGUACCGGCGAACAGGAGAGGCAAGUAUCGGCCACAAACUAUUGGAAGACGGAGUGGUGA